UCCUGUCCGCCUGACCAGUGGCCUCCCUACCCGGGGAGCUGACGCUGCUGCCACACGCCCUCCGCGCCAUGCCCCAAGGCGCACGACAGUGUCACCUCAGCGCUACAGCCCCGGGCUCAGAGGGAAGCUAGCUUCCCUCGUGCACUGCAUCGGCUGUGCCUCCCACAUUUGGGCCGGCGCAACCACACAACGGCCUGGUGGCGGCACGCAUUGUGUUACGACCGAUGGCCCUGGAGACCGUGGACUCCCGGCAGGAUGGCCGCGUCCCUGACUCUGCUCAUCUGCGGGCCCAAGCUGGGCAAACCGCGGUCCCGGCUCUAGCUCAGGUAGCAGCAAUUACAGAGGCAGAUGAGUCUGCAGAUUCCGAAGGUGUAAUUGAUUCUCGUCAGCAUAGAGAAAUCCUUUCACGAAGACCCUCUUACAGAAGAAUCCUGAAUGAACUUUCCUCUGAUGUGCCUGGUGUUCCCAAGAUUGAAGAAGAUAAGUCAGAAGAAGGAGGAAGGUCCCCUGGCAUCACCAUGGCAGUGCCAACCAGCAUAUACCAGACUAGCACGGGGCAAUACAUUGCUAUAGCCCAAGGUGGAGCAAUCCAGAUUUCCAACGCGGGAUCCGACGGUGUCCAGGGGCUGCAGGCGCUGACCAUGACGAACUCCGGAGCCCCUGCUUCCAGUGCCACCGUGGUGCAGUACACAGCGCAGGCCGCCGAUGGCUCACCGCAGUUCUUCGUCCCGGGCAGCCAGGUGGUGGUUCCAGAUGAGGAAACUGAACUUGCCCCAAGUCACAUGGCUGCGGCCACAGGUGACAUGCCAGCUUACCAGAUCAGGGCUCCUGCUGCUGCUUUGCCCCAGGGCAUGGUGAUGGCUGCCUCACCGGGAAGCUUGCACAGUCCCCAGCAGCUGGCAGAAGAAGCCACUCGCAAACGAGAGCUGAGACUGAUGAAAAACAGGGAAGCUGCUAAAGAAUGUCGACGUCGCAAGAAAGAAUAUGUAAAAUGUCUGGAGAGUCGAGUUGCAGUGCUGGAAGUUCAGAACAAGAAGCUGAUAGAGGAACUUGAAACCUUGAAAGACAUUUGCUCUCCCAAAACAGAUUAGUAAAAAUAUUUAACUGUGAACUGAUGGCGGCAUGUACAGUUGCUUUGCAAGCAAUACAGUGUAUAGCUGGCGAGAAUGACGGCCUUUUCCCCUUAUAGCACUCAUCUGACUUUCUAAUCUCUGGCAUUCCCGAAACACCUCACUGCGCUCAUCAACCCUUAGUUCAACUUUUUCAAAAGAGACAAACAGUAAAAAACAAAAAAAAAUGUAUGUAACAAAUUCUUAAGAUGAAAUAUUUGUAAGAUUUGUUCCAGUACUACAAAGUUGCAUUUCCCAGUCUCUGUGUUACCAAUAGUGUCCUAUGCAAUAAAAGUUUUGCAGGUCUUUAAUCAUUUUAGGAAGGGACGAUCAAAGUGAAUGCAUCUAGCAGUAAAAUAAAACUGAAUUGAGAAAGGG